AUGGUUUUUAUUUGUGAAAAUGUAAGGAUCAAGCCAUAUGAAGAGAAGGAAUGGUAUUUCUUUACACCAAGAGAUCGCAAGUAUAAGAAUGGGAAGCAGCCAAAUCGAGCUGCAGAUAAUGGAUACUGGAAGGUUACCGGUACUAAUAAGACUCUGAGAUUUAUGGGUGCCGAUGUUGGUUUUAGAACCGCAUUAGUAUUCUACAAACGAAUAACUCCCAAAGGCGAAAAAACCAACUGGAUUAUGCAUGAAUAUCGAUUACCAAACAAUCAUCCCAAGGCUCCAACUGUUGGAAAUGAAAUGAGGGCAGGAAAUAAUGCAUUAAGUGCAAAUGAGAGGACCCAAAGUACACAAUCUGUAAUGUGUCAAUUGAAAACAGAAUCAGCAAUUAUUACAAAAUCAACAAUGGAAAAGAGGAUUAUGUUUGUGUUACCUUUGUUCACUCUUUCUAGUAUACAAAUUGCUACAAGUUACUUCUCAGUUGCAAAUAAGAUUGGGGAAGGUGGUUUUGGACAUGUUCAUAAGGGUCGGUUACUUAAUAGGCAGAAGAUUGCUGUGAAAAGACUUUCUAGAAGUUCUGAACAAGGGUCAAAGGAGUUCAAGAAUGAGGUUAUAUUGAUUUCAAGGCUUCAACAUCGCAAUCUUGUUAGAAUUUUGGGUUGUUGUGCUCAAGGAGAAGAGAGGAUAUUAAUAUAUGAUGUCAUCAGGUGUAUCAAUAAUGUGUUUAAUGCAAAAUUUGGGACAGAUGAAAUCAAACGAGCUUUACUUGAUUGGAAAAUACGUGUCCACAUCAUUGAAGGAAUUGCUCAAGGACUUCAAUACCUCCACAAGUACUCUAGAGAAAGAAUCAUUCACAGAGAUUUGACAGCUAGCAACAUUUUAUUGGAUAAUGACAUGAAUCAAAAAAUAUCUGACUUUGGUACUGCAAGAAUAUUUAGAGACAAUGAAUCCCGGGCAAACAGAAAAAGAAUUGUUGGAACAUAUGGUUACAUGUCCCCUGAAUAUGCCUUGUACGGUCGCUUUUCUAUGAAGUUUGACGUUUUUAGCUUUGGUGUCAUGAUGCUAGAGAUCAUAUGUGGGAAGAAAAACACUGAUUUUUAUAUACCCGAUCAUGCUUCAAAUUUGUUGGGAUAUGCAUGGGAUUUGUGGAAAGAUGGAAGGGGUUUGGAGAUAAUGGAUCAUUCAUUAGUAGAAACAUGUUCAACGAGUGAUAUUCUGCAAUGCAUUCAAAUUGGUUUCUUGUGUGUUCAAGAAAGUGCAGUAGAUAGACCAACUAUUUCAACAGUUUUGUCUAUGCCCAGCAAUGAAAUGGUCGCUAUACCUGCUCCUAAGCAACCUGCUUUCUUUGCAAUUGUGAGUUUGAAUGGUGCCUAUACACAUGAAAUUCGAAAACCUUGUUCUGUUAAUGAUGUCACAAUUUCAGAAGUAGUGUCUCGAUGA